AUGGUCAAUGUCACAUUUGUCACUGAGUUUAUUCUCCGGGGAUUUCCUGAACUUCAUGGACUAAAGAUGCCAUUGUUUACCAUACUUCUAGUGAUGUAUCUUCUCGCACUAACAGGAAAUAGCUUAAUAAUUGUGAUUGUUUGCAUGGAACCCAUGCUGCAUACUCCAAUGUACUUCUUUCUCGUCAACUUCUCCAUGGCCGAGAUCUGCACCACAACAACAGUAGUACCAAAGAUGUUGGUCAAUGCCUUCUCAGGCAAAACCACAAUCUGCUUUGCAUGCUGCAUGGCACAAGGAUUCGUGGUUUUUGCAGCUAGCGCUGUUGAAUUCAUCACUCUCACAGUCAUGUCUUUUGAUCGUUACAUUGCCAUUCGCAAACCUUUGCUCUAUAAAACCAUCAUGACCAACAGACUCUGCCUGAACUUGACCCGGAUGAGUUGGGUUGUAGGGUUUGUGAUCAUCUUUUCUCAGUCUGUAGUAGUGUGGACUUUCCCGUUCUGUGGAAACAAUGUCAUAGACCACUUCUUUUGUGAUGUUGGACCAGUUCUGAAACUGGCCUGUGCCGACACCAGUUUAAUGGAGCUGAUAGGUCUCAUAUAUGGUGCAGCCAUCAUGUGGGGUUCCUUUGGCCUUUCACUGAUCUCUUAUACAUGCAUUAUAGCCACUAUUAUUCAAAUCCCUUCAGCCACUGGACGAUCAAAAGCAUUUGUCACUUGUGCCUCCCAUCUUAUAGUCAUCACCAUGUUCUACCUGGUGCUCAUGGUCAUGUACUUAAGGCCUUCAACCCAUGGUAACACACAAGUCAACAAAGCAGUAUCUAUUGUGCACACUAGUUUCAUUCCCUUGUUAAACCCUUUCAUUUACACAAUCCGAAACAAAGAUUUCAAAGCAGCCCUGCGGAAAAAUGCGAAAAGGAGGGUUCUUUUUUAG